UUAUAGUCCAAGAUUUAUACGUCAACUUCUUCAUCCCUCUAUUCACUCAACUUGCACUUGCAUUCAUAUACUCUAUCUCAUCACAUAUUCUUAUUAUAUGGUCAAAAUUCAAAUUGAAAAUAAAAUAUAUCAUUAUUCAUACAUUAAUCCUGGUCUUUCUAUAUAUAUAUAUAUGCACAUAAAACAGCUUAUAAUGACAGCUUAUAGCACUAGAAAUAUACAUUUCUAAGAAGAUCAAUUAGCUGGUCAUUAGCCAACUAUAUACUAAGGAUUUGCAAGAGAUAAUUAGCUGCAAACUUCUAUAAACUCAUAUCAGCUUAUCUUAAAGCUAAAAAUCUCUUUGUUUUGAGCUGAUAAUCAAGCAAUUAAUAUGGGUACACAAGCUCCUUCUCAUUAUAAAUCUCCUGAUAUUGAAGCGAGGUUACAAAAACAAAAAGAAAUAGAUAAUUGGCUACCCAUAACAUCAUCAAGAAAUGCAAAAUGGUGGUACUCUGCUUUCCACAAUGUUACUGCUAUGGUUGGUGCUGGAGUCCUUAGUCUCCCAUAUGCCAUGUCUAAUCUUGGAUGGGGACCAGGAGUGGUAAUCCUAGUACUAUCAUGGAUCAUAACAUUGUACACACUAUGGCAGAUGGUAGAGAUGCAUGAGAUGGUACCGGGGAAGCGAUUCGACCGGUACCAUGAGCUAGGACAAUAUGCCUUUGGUGAGAAGCUAGGUUUGUGGAUUGUGGUGCCCCAACAGCUUAUUGUAGAAGUUGGUGUCAACAUUGUUUAUAUGGUCACCGGAGGAAAGUCACUUCAAAAAGUGCAUGAUGUUAUAUGCCAACAUAAAAGUCAUUGUGCUAAAAUGAAACUUACAUAUUUCAUCAUGAUCUUCUCCUCUGUCCACUUUGUUCUCUCCCACCUUCCUAACUUCAACUCUAUUGCUGGUGUGUCCUUGGCUGCUGCUGUCAUGUCUCUCAGUUACUCCACAAUAGCAUGGGCAGCCUCAUUAGGCAAAGGUGUAAAACCUGAAGUGUCCUACGCGAGUAGGCACCAUAGUGACGUAGGGAAGAUGUUUGGCUUCUUCAACGCCCUCGGAGAUGUCGCUUUCGCAUACGCAGGCCACAAUGUGGUGCUCGAAAUCCAAGCAACCAUCCCAUCGUCACCGGAAAAGCCCUCCAAGGGCCCUAUGUGGAAGGGUGUGAUCGUCGCCUACAUUGUCGUCGCCUUGUGUUAUUUCCCAGUUGCCUUAAUUGGUUACUAUAUUUUUGGAAACUCUGUUGAGGACAAUAUCCUUAUAUCCCUUCAGAAACCUGGUUGGCUUAUUAUUGCUGCUAACCUUUUUGUUGUUGUCCAUGUUAUUGGAAGUUAUCAGAUUUAUGCUAUGCCGGUAUUUGAUAUGUUGGAGACUGUACUUGUGAAGAAGUUGAAAUUCAAGCCUACUUGGUAUCUUAGAUUCAUUACUCGCAACGUUUAUGUUGCAUUUACAAUGUUUAUUGCCAUUACAUUCCCCUUCUUUGGUGGACUUCUUGGAUUCUUCGGAGGAUUCGCAUUUGCUCCUACAACUUAUUUCCUACCCUGCAUCAUGUGGCUUGCUAUCUAUAAACCCAGAAAAUUUAGCCUCUCAUGGUGGACGAAUUGGACUUGUAUUGUACUUGGAAUUCUAUUGAUGGUGUUAGCGCCAAUAGGAGGACUAAGAACGAUCAUUAUAAACGCAAAAGAUUACCAUUUCUACUCUUGAUUUUGGAACGCUUUCAGAGAUUCUAAAACAUGCAAAUGCAUUGGAACAAAGGGGAAUAAUGAAUCCGGCUUCACUGCUGAUCAAGUCUGAGUUAUUGAACUAUGUAUGAAAAAAUACAAGGAAAUGUAUGAAUCUCACAGUUUCUGAAUUUAGUUUUUGUCCUGUUUCUUAGUCAAAAAUGUGUGUGCAUAGAGAUUUUUUGUUCUUCUUUCUGUUCAAUAACGGAAUAAUACUGUAAGAAGGGUGUAAUUUUUUUCACCAAUUUAUGACAGUCAUCAUACGGUUUCGAAUA